AUGCAAGGAAAAGGGUGUAAGGAAAUAGUCAUCGUCCAUGAUGAGCGAUACGACAACCAAUCUAGAGAACCAUCCGCCAAAUGGCCUUCAUUUGGUAGUGUGCGUGGGGGUAAGCCGAGAGGUGCAGACUUGGCGCGGCCUGCAGCGAACCCGACAUCGGGUAACCUUGUUCAUCCGAAAGGCCAUUUCAAACCCUUUGUUUUAACAAACACCGAAGCACAAGAAUCACCAAAUCACAUGAGCACUAAUCGGUAUUUCUCCCUCAUGGAGCGAAUGAACUUCAUGGAGAAUGAUAUGGAAGAAGAGGAGAAUUGGGAGGACUCCACCGCUCACAAUGAAAACGAUGAUGGAGCCAACCCCACCCAUAUGGCCCAAAAUCAAGAAAUGGGCAACGACAGAAACAAAUCCCCGGCAAUCGAUGUCGCCGCCGCUCCCUCCAACCGCCGCCGCCUCCAUAAAUCCGAUUUUGAAUCCGAAUCCGAUCCCGAUCCCGAUCCGGACUCGGACUCCGACUCCGACCACGAUUCCAAAAAAAUCCAGAAACGAGCCAAGCGCCACAGUAAAACCCGAAGCUCGAGUUCCAAGAGGAGGCGGUCCAGGGACGAAGACGAGAGGAGGCGGCACAGGAGAGAGAAGAGGAGGAGAGAGGAGAAGAAGGAAAGGCGGAUGAGAGAGAAAGACAAGGAAAGGAAGAGGAAGAAGAGGGAGGAGGAGAAGAAACGGAAAGCCAAGAAGAAGAAGAAGAAGAAGGAGAAAGAGAAGGGGAAGAAAGGCGCCGUCACUAAUUUGUGGGGGAAGUAUGGCAUUAUUAGAGAGACUGAUAUGUGGAAUAAACGGCCUGAAUUUACCGCAUGGUUAUCAGAAGUGAAAAAGGUCAACCUGGAAAGUCUAGCCAAUUGGGAAGAGAAGCAGCUCUUCAAAGACUUCAUGGAAGAUCAUAACACAGCAACCUUUCCUUCUAAAAAGUAUUACAACCUUGAUGCUUAUUUCAAACAUAAAAUGGAAAAGGAAAUGAAAAAGGGAUUUGCUAAAAUGCAGGAGUCUGAGCGUACUGUAUUCAAUGAUGAAGAACAGCGAAGACUAGAACUGCAGAAAGAACGUGAAAGACAAAAGGAAGAACAGAUCCAAUCUUUACAGCAGUCUAUGCAGCCUGGGAUGGCUCAAGCAAUGAAAGAGCAAGCACAACUCAGGGAAGAAAUGGCAUAUCAAUACAAGCUCGGCAACUUUGAGGCAGCAGCUGCUAUUCAGAGAAGAUUGGAUCCUGAUGUUGCUACGUAAGGAGCUAUUUGAUGCUCCUGGGAAAAAUAGAUCUGAAGAAAAUGGUGUUACAUAGGGUUUGUGUGUUGCGGUCGGGCACCCCCUUUCAUAUUCAUCUUCGAAUUUCUGGGAUGUAGUAUUUGUAGAUUCCGUAGAAUAUGUGCGUUAAACCUGCAAUAGUCGAUAAUA